GAUAUCGAUGUGUCAAGUCACAUCACUAGUUGAUGUAUUAAAAAAAAUAUACAGCUUACAGAGUACAAAUGGCAUCGACGUCGAGACUGGACAAUAAUAAGGUGUGCUGCUAUGCACACCCUGAGUCUCCGUUGAUCGAGGACUACAGAGCUGGUGACAUGAUUUGCUCGGAGUGUGGUCUAGUGGUUGGCGACCGCGUAAUUGAUGUGGGCUCCGAGUGGCGAACAUUUAGCAACGAGAAAAGCGGCGUGGAUCCCAGUCGUGUUGGUGGACCGGAGAAUCCGCUCCUCAGUGGAGGCGACUUAUCCACCAUAAUUGGUCCUGGAACGGGGUCCGCAUCCUUCGAUGCUUUUGGAGCCCCCAAAUACCAAAACAGACGUACCAUGAGCAGCUCGGACCGCUCUCUUAUAUCAGCAUUUAAGGAAAUUUCAUCUAUGGCAGAUCGCAUUAAUUUGCCAAAAACUAUUGUCGAUCGGGCCAACAACUUGUUUAAACAGGUCCAUGACGGAAAGAACCUCAAGGGCCGAUCCAAUGAUGCCAAGGCGUCUGCUUGUCUGUACAUUGCUUGUCGUCAGGAGGGAGUUCCUCGCACAUUCAAAGAAAUAUGUGCAGUCAGCAAGAUCAGCAAAAAGGAGAUUGGCAGAUGCUUCAAGUUAACACUGAAGGCACUUGAAACAAGUGUAGAUUUAAUAACCACUGCGGACUUCAUGUGCCGCUUUUGCGCCAACUUGGACCUGCCGAAUAUGGUUCAACGCGCUGCCACGCACAUUGCAAAGAAAGCUGUCGAAAUGGAUAUAGUUCCGGGUCGUUCUCCAAUUUCAGUUGCCGCAGCUGCGAUUUAUAUGGCCUCACAAGCUUCUGAGCAUAAGAGAAGUCAGAAGGAAAUCGGUGAUAUAGCCGGUGUGGCCGAUGUUACUAUCCGGCAGUCCUACAAACUUAUGUAUCCGCACGCAGCUAAGCUCUUCCCCGAAGACUUUAAGUUUACCACUCCUAUUGAUCAGUUACCGCAAAUGUAAAUGUUCUCGUAUAUGCGAUGCUCAAUACUAACGCUAACGUUAAGAGAAGGAAAAAUCAUCUUAAUUUAAUCACAAAGUUUACGAUUUUAUUAAAUAAAGUUAGCAUAACUAAUAUUCAAAUAGAACUGUUGGACCAAUCAAAACAUAAUUAAAUCAUUGUUUAAAUUAGCUGAGUUAAACCCAUACAGUUUUUGAACUUUAUUCCAAUGUAUCAUAAUAACUCGCUUGCUUGUUUUAUUUUUACAUUUUAAAGCUGGCUUAUACAUAUGUAUCUUGGGUAUAGACGAUUAUAAAUAAGCUAACCUGAAAAAAUAAUUGCAUACUACGUUUUUUGCCAGGUAUUUGCGAAAUUAAGUAUUUUACAAAGGUUCUCUGUUUAUGCUUUAAGUUUGAAACAAUUAGUAAUAGUAUGAAUGGCUAUAGUAUUCGCAAAUAAGACAAAAGGAAAAUAUGUGUACCUUUCAACAUUUUCAAUUGCAAAUAAAGCGAGCGUUUUAACGUA